UCAGUCCCGCUUAGUCCGUCCAACGAUGGUACUUUGUUCGCUUUUACUAGCAGCUCUGCUGUUCGCGGCAUUCAAAUAUCUCAAACUAGAAAAUGUUGAACCGAUUUUUGGAGUGUACAAGCAACCCGGAAAAUGGUAUUACCUCAAGUACCUUGCGUUUUGGUGCAUUUUAAAUUCUCGGAGGGUGUUCGGAAAACUUGGCUCAAGGCUCCGGCAAAGCGGUUAUGGCAUGAAAUCACGUUCAACCCCAGAAGAAAUGGACAAGGCUCAACAACUGUCCUCACAUACAGAGGCAUUUGACGCGGUCUUCUUUAUGGCAACAAACAAAGAGGGAUAUUACUUAGUUGGGGGCUCAGAGCGUCGACACGAUGGUAUUGUCAAUGGAUUAUUUUACCUUGUGGUUCCAGGAAAGGGUCUUCUCUGUAGUAAAAGAAUUCCCAGUACUCAACUGCACGGUGCAAAGCCGAAUGAAUUCGGCGCCGAGGGUAUUCGUUUUACCCCAAUCGUACCGAUGAAACAUUGGCGUAUCGAGUACAACGGUUCCAUGUGGUUCCAAAAUGAACCGGGCAAAUCCAGCAACGUAGAAAUUCAAGCUGACUGGCGCAGUGAUCUUCCGUUUUUUGAUUUCGAUACUGAUUUGGCGAUAGCUCCAACAUGCAGGGCGAUUGCGCGUGAAGACUGGAGUAAGGAAUACUUCGACAGCCUCAAGGCGGCACACCAGACGCACUACGAGCAGAUGGGAAGUUUGAAAGCUAAUAUCAAUAUUGAAGGAAAGGUGUACGAAUUCGAAGGUCAAGCCUUCAGGGAUCAUAGUUACGGAUUCAAGAGAGAUUGGACCCUGAUGCAUCGGUACAUAUUUCACAUGCUCUUUCUGGAAGAUGGGACCAUGGCAUCGAUUGGCGUGAUUUGCCAACCCUGCACCUGUUCCACGUUGGAGGCUGGUUACGUAUACGAACCUGACGGAUCUCUGCACCCGUUGGAAUGGUGUGACCUGAAGUUAUAUCAGCACGGCGAGAACGGAACUGCGCCGAAGGAUCAUGCAUUCACCUUUAAAGCGGGUGAAAAGGUGUACAGCGUUCAAGUGAACGUUGAGUACGAAUCGAUACAUUUUGUCGGUAAAAACUGGGAGGCAAGGAUGGUCGAACGAUUCGUUCGUUAUCGCGUCAACGGCACCGUCGACGGAAGGGGCAUCUCGGAAUUCCAUUAUCGCAACAAAAAUGGUCGAACUAAAGACUAACCGUUCAUCGACAAACACACAGGGUCUUUCAGGCUUGGCAGAAUACGUGGAUGACAUCCUUGGAAACAACUGUGAAUAGUUAUGAGUGAGGUUGCAGAAUAGCGCUGAACUCGUUAACUUGAUUAACGCUCGAGUUUAUUUGGACACGAUUGUCAAUAGAGUAUAAAGUUUUCAUGAACUCCAUUGUGAUUUUUCCAGCUAACGUUUGCAAUGACAAUUAACUUGACACUGUUUUCUAUAAAUAAGUUUAUUAUUCACAGUAAUAAAUGUUAAAUUUUUUAUAGCUAUUUUGAUAUUGGUAAAAAUUUUUUUUUUUUUUUUUCAAGAAAGAAAAUUUUACGUCAGCACAUCGAUCAUACAUGUUUCUUGUUGUCUUCUCUUUUAAGCUAUCGCUUGUGCCGAGGAAUUGACAUCCCUUGUCUUAUAUUAUUCAAUAUCCCUUAUCGCAUCAUCCAAUAAACAAGCUGAGACCUGUUA